AUGGACCUGCCCCCCCAGCUCUCCUUUGCUCUCUACGUGGCUGCCUUCGCCCUGGGCUUCCCGCUCAAUGCCCUGGCCGUGGGGGGCGCCGUGGCCCACGCCCGGCUCCGCCUCACUCCCAGCCUGGUCUAUGCCCUCCACCUGGGCUGCUCAGACCUGUUGCUGGCAGCCUCUCUGCCCCUGAAGGCGGUAGAGGCCCUGGCCUCGGGAGCGUGGCCUCUGCCAGCCUCCCUCUGCCCCCCCUUUUCCCUGGUCCACUUCGCUCCGCUCUAUGCGGGCGGCGGCUUCCUAGCUGCCCUGAGCGCUGGCCGCUACCUCGGAGCCGCCUUCCCCUUGGGCUACCAAGCCGCCCGGAGGCCCUGCUACUCCUGGGGGGUGUGUGUGGCCAUAUGGGCCCUUGUCCUCUGUCACCUGGGGCUGGUGUUUGGGUUGGAGGCUCCGGGAGGCUGGAUGGACAAUACCACCAGCUCCCUGGGCAUCAACACACCAGUCAACGGCUCUCCGGUCUGCCUGGAGGCCUGGGACCCAGCCUCGGCGGGCCCUGCGCGCCUCAGCCUCUCGCUUCUGCUCUUCUUUCUGCCCCUGACCAUCACCGCCUUCUGCUACGUGGGCUGCCUGCGGGCGCUGGCCAGCUCAGGGCUGAGUCACAGACGGAAACUAAGAGCCGCCUGGGUGGCAGGUGGGGCGCUGCUCACACUGCUGCUCUGCCUGGGACCCUACAAUGCCUCCAACGUGGCUGGCUUCCUGCACCCCGACAUGGGAGGCCGCUGGAGGAAGCUGGGGCUCCUCACGGGCGCUUGGAGCGUGGUGCUCAACCCAUUGGUGACCGGCUACUUGGGAGGGGGUGUUGGCCGGGGGACAUCCUGUGUGACAAGAAUGAAAGGGGGUACCUCUCAGAGGUAG